CGUGCUUUUCAUUUUCAAAAGUUUACCAACAAAACGCACUAUAUUUCACAACGUUGCACAAAUUGGCAAAAAAUGUCCAGUGGUUCCUCGAAACAGACCGUUAUUCACUGGUUCCGGAAGGGCCUGCGGGUUCACGAUAACCCGGCCCUGGUUGCUGCCAUCGAUUAUGCCGCAACGGGUGGUUGCAAACCGAUGGCACUGAGGCCAAUUUUUGUGCUCGAUCCGGCACUGCACGAGUGGCUUCGAAUCGGCCCCAACCGGUGGCGAUUUCUGCAGCAAACCCUAGCCGAUCUGGAUGCGAACCUCAGGAAGAUUAAUAGCAGGUUGUAUGUAGUACGUGGCAAUGCCAUGGAAGUAUUUCCGGAUUUGUUCAAAAAAUGGAACGUUUGUUAUAUGACUUAUGAACAUGAUAUUGAACCGUACUCCUUGAAACGUGACGCUGUUGUUCAGAAGCAUGCCGAACAAGCCAAGGUGAAACUCCUGAUUGAGAAAUCUCACACAAUUUACGAUCCGGAAGUAAUAUUGAAGAAAAAUAACGGGAAAGUACCACUCACGUAUCAAAAAUACGGUAGCCUAGCGUCGACCUGUAAAAUUCCGGAACCUGUUCCGGUGCCAAAUCCCAUUCCUGACAGUUGUACACCCAAGCAAGAUCAGGAAGAACGAAAAGACGCCCAUUGUUACGAUCCUCCUACUUUGGACCAGUUACAGGUUGACGAAAAGAAUUUGGGCGAAUGCAAAUUUCCUGGGGGAGAAACGGAAGGUUUGAGGCGUUUACAAGAAUAUAUGAAGAAAAAAUCAUGGGUUUGUGCCUUCGAGAAACCUAACACGUCCCCAAAUUCUUUGGAACCAAGCACAACAGUCUUAAGCCCGUACGUGAAAUUUGGAUGCUUAAGUUCAAGACUAUUUAUGGUGGAGCUUCAGAAAGUCUUAAAAGGUCAAAAGCAUUCGCAGCCACCCGUGUCCUUGGUUGGACAGCUAAUGUGGCGCGAAUUCUAUUAUUGCGCGGCAGCCGGUGAACCGAAUAUAGACAAAAUGGUUGGUAAUAGCAUUUGUCUACAAGUUCCCUGGACAACCAACAAAGAGCACCUGGAAGCUUGGACUUAUGGAAAAACUGGGUACCCGUUCAUCGAUGCAAUCAUGAGACAGCUGAGGCAAGAAGGAUGGAUUCAUCAUCUUGCCCGUCACGCAGUUGCUUGUUUCCUAACCAGGGGCGACUUGUGGAUUUCCUGGGAAGAAGGACAACGGGUAUUCGAGGAACUACUGUUAGAUGCAGAUUGGGCCCUGAAUGCCGGCAACUGGCUCUGGCUGUCAGCUUCGGCAUUUUUCCAUCAGUAUUUUCGGGUGUACAGUCCAGUUGCCUUUGGGAAAAAGACAGACCCGGAGGGAAAAUACAUUAAAAAGUAUGUCCCCGAACUGGCCAAGUAUCCCUCCGGUAUCAUUUACGAACCGUGGAAGGCUAGCUUGGAAACGCAACGAAAAUUAGGUUGCAUCAUCGGUAAAGAUUACCCUAACCGGAUCGUCAUCCAUGAGGAUAUUUCCAAAAAAAACAUCGCCAAGAUGACGGAAGCUUACCGGAAAAAUAAGGCCGCCAAGGAGGCUGCUGGAAAGGAGUUUGAAGAUGGGGAAACUCCGAAGGAAGUGGUUGGCAAACGUAAAGCUAGUAUCAGCUCACCGGCUUCGAAGCCGGCAGCCAAGAAGACCAAGUUGCAGGCCACGUUGAGUAAAUAUCUGAAGAGGCAAUAAUUUGUUUCUUGUUCUACGUUAUUUAUUUAAUACUCAUUUUUUAAAUCAAAACUGCCAGUAUGUUUUUCUUUGUUUUUGUCUAACUGUUUCUUUAAAUUUCGAAUAUUUAUCUUAAAUUUCGAAGUAUUAUCUAUACAUGUUUGUUGGUUUAGUUCAACCUCGAACAAGAAUUUAUCGAAUAAUAUCUUGAAGCUGUACAGCUGCUAAUCGAAAAAUUUUGUCAACAACUGUAAGAUCUGAAUAUUACCUUGGUUACUUACCGCGUUCGUAAAUUAAUUUUUUGGGUGAUGUCUGGUAGAUAAGUCGAUCGAUUUCUUUGGUAGGUAGAUGUCAAACCACCUUCCAAAGUUUUUGCAUACAGCUUGUUUAUAAUUUACGAACGCCAGCAUCGACAAACAAAAUCAAUUUACGAACGCGCCGUUAUAAGUUUAAGCUGAAAAUAAACAUAUUUAAAAAUA